AUGGACUCGACGAAAAAUUCAAACUUUAAUGACUCUUUAACUUUAAACGAUUCAAGUAGUGACAUGGAUGUCGAUUCGGAAACUUUCGAAGAUUCCUUGGUUGAGAAUGAAAUGGAAAAUGAUAUGUACAUGUUUGAAAAUUAUUUACAACAAUUAGAAUUUCAUUUUUAUGAUUUCUUAAAGAUUCACAAUAAUACUUCUACCAGUUCUAAUGAAUUUUUUCCAGAAAAUUCUUCUAAUAUUAAAGAUUCUCAAAAAGUUAAUUGCUUUAAAGAAAAUUUAGUCUCCAAUAAUUCUUUAUUUUGUGAAGGUAUUGAUUAUAUGCUUAAUCAAAAUUUAAAUGCAACUUCAAAUACACCUUCAAACUUAACGUCAACCUCUUCACAUAAUAAUAAUAACAACAACAACAAUAAUAAUAAUAAUAUUAAUAUUAAUAACAAUAAAAAAUUGAAAUUUGGUGAAAUUUUUUCCACAGAUUUUAAUACUUCAGAUAUACCAAAAAAUAUUUUAAAAUUAAAUAUUCAAAAUUCCAAUAAUUCUAAUAAAUUAAAAUCCAUUUUGAAAAAAAAAACUUUCAAUAAUUUAAAAUUUGCAGAUGAUAAUUUUUAUACUUGGAAUAUUGAAAACGGUUUUUUAAAAUGUUUUGAAUUUUGUUAUGUUUUAAAGAUACCUCAGUUUGAACCAAAUAACAUCCCAUUAAUGUUGAAUUUUUUGUCAUUAAGUAUAUUGCAUUUAAUUAAAUUUAAAAAUAUUCAUUUUUCUUAUUUAAAUUUUAAAAAUAAUGAAAAUUUUAAAAACCAAUUAAAUCAAUUAAAUAAAAAAAUUAAUAAUUUAAAAUUGGAAAUUAAAAUAUUAAAGGAAAAUUUAAAUACUACUAUUCAAGAAAAAAAUUUUUUAAUUAAAAAAAUUGGUUAUUUAAAAGAUUCAAAUUUAAAUAUUAACGAUGAAACAAAUCAGAUUUUAAAUCAAUUAAAUUCUUCAGAUCAGAAUGGUAUUGAAAUUGUAGAAAAUAUUGUUUCAAGUUUAAAAUUUCAAAUUAUGGAAAAAAAUGGUAAAAUUCAAAUAUUGAACAAAGAAAUCUUAAAUUUGAAAAAAUUGAUUGAAACUUCAAAAUAUGAAAAUGAAGAAACUGAUAAAUUAUUAUAUGAGAUGGGGAAUGAAUUGUAUAAAUAUAAAUUGAUUCAUGGUGAUACAAAGAUUAAUGAAAAAAAUAUUCCAAAUCCUAGUCCUAGUCCUAUACCAAAUAAUAAUAUUCAUAAUAAUAAUAAUAAUAAUAAUAAUAAUAGUAAUAGUAUUAAUAAUAACAAUUCUCAGAAUAAUAAUAAAGAAAAAAUUUUGAAAGAGAAAUUUUUUUUCGAAAAUACAAUGCCAAAUCAAAAUUUAAAAUUUAGAAAUGAUUUCCAAAUAAAUUCUUUGAAUUAUAAUGAAUAUGAAAAUUUUAAUGAAAAUACAUUAAAAGAUGACCAAGAUAUUCAAUUUGAAUUAUUGAAAAAAAAAGAUGAUAUUAAAUGUUUAUUAAAAUAUAUCGAUGAGUUACAAUUGAAAAAUAAACAGGUCUUGCAAAAAUAUGAAAGUAAAAAAAAAAAUAUAAUCAAUUAA